AUGGAGCGCUAUUCACUGGACCACUCUGUGAGGAAGGGCGCAUCUCGCCGCCGCCGCAGGUCGAAUUCAAAGGCGACAGAAGAUGACCAGAUUCCGGAGGUGUACAGACAGAUGCUCGAGGAAGCCGAAGCUCGAGACCCUGGACAGUUCAAUGCGGACAGGCCGAUCAAGCGACGACGAGUGAGUCACUCAGAUGAUCCUCAUCUUGCGUCGUCGCCCCUGAAGAGUGCCUCAGGAGGCCCUGAAAAAGAUGCUGGACGAAAGAUUCAGACUGUUUAUGAUUCGGCCGACUCAGACGAAUCCGAUGUUGAAUGGGAAGACGUGGACAUUUCCCACCCCACCCCGGGGCCUUCCAACGUCAUGCUGGAAACCGCUUUACCUGAGAAUCUUGAAAUCACACUGCACGCACCAGAACUACGGAAGAAAACUGUUCAAAAGAGACAACCCGUUACUGCCGCCGAAAGAAGAAUCCGUCUAGAUAUUCAUAAAGCCCAUCUCUUAUGUCUUCUGGGACAUAUACACAUCCGGAACCGAUGGUGUAAUGAUGAAGAGGUUCAGGAAUUUCUGAAGCAGAUACUCCCGAAACAAAUCAAGACAUUGCUGCACCCGGACGAAAGCAAGCCACAAUUCAUCAGAUCUACAACCUUUGUCGACGGCCUCAAUCAAGCAGGAGAGAGAUUCAACCAGAUAUUUACAGUCACCAAGCCAGGUUUGAAACGUGCUCACUGGGCUGAGACCCCGUCGCAGCUCAAGAAGAAAUUGGAAUCUAUCAUGUCGGGGGCCGAGGUAUUCCUGUCAAAGGAGGAUUUUCGAUCGCAAGCCAAGACGAUGCAAGGCUCUCAAGACUUCGGAGCACAAUUAUUCUGCGCCUUGUUGCGAUCGGUCGCCGUAGAAGCGAGGCUUGUCUGCUCACUUCAGGUGCUCCCAUUCUCAGGCACGUUUCAGGACACGACCCCAUCUAAGAAAAGCCCGGAGUACACUGUGAUAUCAUCCGACAGCCAUGAAACCUCUACCGACGAACGCAAAGGAAGUGGCUCGCCAUCCCUCCCGAGAUCCCGACGUCUCGGACGACCCGAAUUUAAACCGCGUCCCGCUCAAUCGAAGAUGCGUAAAGAUCCCGGUCCAUUUAUCCGAGAAUCAUCUUAUCCGAUUUUCUGGGUCGAAGCAUUUAAUGAGGCUAUGCAGAGAUGGGUUUCAAUCGAUCCCAUGGUCACAAAGACAAUCGGAAAGCCAAACAAACUCGAACCUCCUGCGAGCGAUUUGUUCAAUAUAAUGAACUAUGUAGUCGGCUUUGACGGCGAUUCCACGGCCAAAGACAUCACUCAACGCUACGCAAAGGCGUUCAAUGCCAAAACAAGAAAGCUUCGGGUCGAAUCGACACCAGGUGGAGAAAGGUGGUGGAAGAACGCACUGGAACACUAUGCGAAGCCUCUUCCCGAAGAUAGAGAUGCACUGGAAACCAGUGAACUGACAGCUCAGACGGCGAGGGAACCGAUACCUCGCAAUAUCCAGGAUUUCAAAGAUCAUCCCAUUUAUGCCCUAGAGCGCCAUUUGCGCCACAGGGAGGUCAUUUUCCCGAAACGUGUUAUCGGUCAUGUCGGGCUGAGCAAAACCACCCCGAACAGCCACAAAUCGGAUCCCAUCUAUCGCCGAACAGAUGUACAUACCGUGAGAAGUGCUGGGAAAUGGUACAUGUUGGGAAAAAAUGUCAAAACGGGCGAACAACCUCUGAAGCACAUAGUUGCCAAAAGACCCAAGAGUGCCAUUGCCUUCGAUAGUGACGAUGAGGCAACUGCUGCUCAGGACACUGCGCUAUACGCGGAGUUUCAAACCGAAACUUACCGGCCACCCCCGGUAGUUGACGGCAGGCUUACAAAGAAUCCCUUUGGAAAUGUGGAUGUUUACGUCCCGAGUAUGGUGCCUCCUGGAGCAGUUCAUAUCAAGGAACCAGAUGCUGCUCGAGCGGCACGUAUUUUGGGAGUGGACUAUGCCGACGCUGUCACAAGAUUUGACUUCAAAGGGCGUCAAGGAACGGCUGUAACGAAGGGCAUUGUGAUUGCUAUUGAGUACCAAGAAGCCCUUGAAGAGGUACUGAGGGGUCUUGCCGAUGACAGACAGCAGGCCGCCUUCGAAGCAAGAAGUGCAGAGGCCAUCCGACUCUGGCGGUUGUUCCUAGUCAAACUCCGUAUCGCUGAGAGAGUCAAAGAAUAUGCAGGCGAGGAUGAGCGUGCAGAUUCGCAGCUCGCUUCAGACACGGGCAUGGGCGAGGAUGAAGCUGGUGGAGGUUUCUUCCUUGAACCCCAUCAAUUUAAGCUCAGCCCACCGUCAUCAUUUAACAGGAACAAUAAAUACGAGUCAACCAUGGUCACCAAUGACCAUGAGGAUGAAGCCCCAGGAGGAGGCUUUGUUCCCGACGAAGACGCUCUGGAAGACGGACAGGCCGGACUUGCAGAUUUAUCUGCUCAAGACAAUGACGACAGAGAAGGUGGCUUUAUCUCGGACGAAGCUCGACAAGAUGACCGAGCUGCGAUAUCUCUAUCGACUACGAACGCGCCUUCAAGCCCGGAGAGCGCCAGGAAGACUAGGCCCUCUAAAGCUUCUCGGUAUGAGCUGAUAGUGGUCCCCAAAAAGCCUGUCCCAGAACCUGUAGGGUCAGUGAUGCAAAGUUCGAAAUCCCGAGAUCUCGAGGGCACGUCCGCACAAGAUCCUAUUUCCGUCGACUCGUCGACGAACGCCGAUUCAAAGUCUGUCAGUUUGGAACUCGUUUCGCGGCCGCCUUCUGCAGGACCGCAAGUACCUAACUCCCCAGCACCCGAAGACUCGGAUAGCGUGAUCUCUAAAGGUUCUCGAAUGACUGAGGAUCCUGACGAUGAGGAUGCUAUCCCGCUUUGGCUCAUGUCUGACGAGGAAUAA